UAGUUUAUUUCAAAUUAGAGAAACUCUUUAUGAUUCCAUGAAACUCCAUACUAAAUAUAUCACAAUAAAACAUAUAACAAAAUCCAUAUCUUUUACCAUAGGUAUCAAUACAGCUGCUGAUGUUGCUAAUUUAGUAGCAAAAGCUUUUUCCACAACUACCAACAGAAAAAAGCCUGAUUUAAUGUCAUUAUUUCAACCAUCUCAACAACAAGAUACAUCAGCCGAAGAAGAUAAUCAGCAAUCAGAACAAAAUGAACCACCACCUUCUAAAGUAGAUAUUGGCUUCGAUACGGCAAAUCUACUAACGGGGGUGCUACGAAUGAUUGGAUUUGAUGCUAGCAAAUUGGGCGCAAUAGCUAUCAAUACCCUUAUACUAGUAGCUCAAGCAAUUGGCAGCACAAUCUUAUCAGCAACAAGACCACCUCAACGUUUAGCAACGGUUAAACAACACGGUGAAGACUUGAACUCACAAACGGGAAUGGGGCCUGACGCUAUUUAUGAGCAAAAUGAACAUCAACCUAGAAAGUUACGAGAUGGUUCACCUGUUGAUUGGUUUUUAGAAAAUCCCAACGAGAAAAUGAAACAAUUGCUUACGGAAAUUACCGAUAAAAAUUUAUCAGAUAAAGUAAUCACAAUGAUUGAAGAGAAAGAAACAGAACCAGGACAAGCUGGUUGCAUAAAAAUGUUGAUGUGUAAAACUUCACCGAUUAUCUGGGGUAUGCAGAAAUCAGUCAAUGAGCGUUUGAAUAAAAACUCCACCAAUGAGGUAAAUACAAAAGACAGAGAUGCACAACAGGAUUUCAAUGCUAAAGCAUUGUUUAAGGAUUUACCUAGUUUAUCAGAGUUUCGAGCUCAUAGCGAUAUAUGCGAAAAGCGUUAUGGCAGCUACUGUAAUACGUCUGACUAUGAUUCAGUAAAAAAAAAUUAAAACU